AUGGAGAAUCUCGAGAAAGCAAGUGUAAAAAUUAACGAUGAUUCUCCUGUUGAAAUGUUGUUAAAUGGCAAUUUAACACUUUCUAAAGCCCAUAGCUUAAUAAUAAGAAUGCUAGACCCUAGUUUUAAUGAUCCAAGAUAUAAAUUUUCUUUUAAAUUUCUUAACGUUGAUAUUUUAGAUAUGCAGGGUUUAACACUAUCAAAUAUUAUUAGCCAGAAUUUAAUUGAUAUGAAGAGGGAAUUAUAUAUCAAGGUUACAAUCGAUGGGAGUCUAUCAAAGUAUUACGACUUAGGCAGUCUUGAUGAUAAUUUGUUUAACAUCAGACAAAAAUUACAUUACGAACCAAUUAUACCAUCAUCUUUUAAAUUCUUAAUAGGCGAACGUCUAAUAUCAGAAACGGAAGAAAAGAAUCAUGGAUUAAGGGAGACUCUUGGUGACACUGAUGAAUUGUUUAUUUAUUCCACUGACAAAAAUUCCAAUAAAAGUGUCACUAUUUGCAAAUAUUUGCAAUCGGGUGAGAUCAAAAAAUAUAUAGAAUAUCUGCCGACGGCAGAGACACUUACCCAGAUAAGGACACUUCUUAACAUGGGACCAAAUUUUAUUUUUCGUGAUGGAGAUAAAAAAAUUAAUCGAUCCUCAGAAGCAUCUAUUGGUUGGAUAAACAUAGCCUGGAUCGAAAAUGAAAAACUUCAGCUAAAAAUUUAUCAAGACAGUGAUCAAGAGUGGAAUGAAUUAGUUAGACAGUGUGAUAUGGGAUUCACAUUUAAAGCUGGUCGAGUCCAAUUAGCGAAAUCCCAAUCAUUUACAAUUGAUAUAACAAAAAUUAAACCAGACGAAAAAAAUCUUUAUUCUGGAAAUGCAAUAUUUACACGCGAACAGAAAAUUGAUAAAUCAUUUAAGGAACAACUAACUUUUAAUGGCGGAAUAGCACCAUCUUUACCUUUGUCCUACCUGCCAUAUUUUUCCCUACUUGCUAAUGCAUCAAACGAAUCUAGUGAAUCUCACAAUGUAACAACCAAAUAUUCAAGUACU